CUACCACAAACUCUGUUAAAACAGUUUUACUCAGCUGUCAUAGAGUCUGUCCUCUGCACAUCCAUCACUGUCUGGUUUGGCUCAGCCACAAAGUCAGACAUCAGAAGACUACAGAGGACGGUUCGGACUGCUGAGAAGAUCAUUGGUGCUCCCCUGCCCACCCUCCAAGAACUGUAUACAUCCAGAGUGAGGAAAAGGGACUUUGACUUUGAGGAGACACUCAAGUGUCAGUAUGUUAAUGGAGGUUGUGAACAGUUUUGUGAUGGUUCUGGUGUGAGACGCACAUGCAGGUGCGCGGCCGGUUACUCUCUGGCGGGUGACGGGACGUCUUGUAUCGCUCAAGGGGAGCAUCCGUGUGGAAAGGUGCCGCUUCAGAACAACACGGUUCAUUCUCAUAAACAGUUUGCGGGAGGGAUUCACUGUCCCCGCGGUCACUGUCCUUGGCAGGUGUUGAUAGAUUAUAAAGGUGAGAGUUUGUGUGGCGGGGCUCUUCUGGAGAACCGUUGGGUCAUAACAGCCGCUCACUGUGUUCAUCAGAGAGAUAUUAGUCAUAUGAAGAUUAUCACAGGUGAUCAUGACCUGGAUGUGCCGGACGGCUCAGAAGAGGCGUAUGAUGUCACGCUGAAGGUCAUCCAUGACAAUUAUGACCCCGUCACACUGGACAGCGAUUUGGCUCUCUUACAGCUCAGUGUAAAACCCAAACUCUCUCCGUACGCCGUGCCCGUCUGUCUGCCAACACCACAGCUGGCAGACAGCGAACUGACCGCCGUGCGUUUCCACAGCGUCAGCGGAUGGGGCAGACGCACUUUAGGAGGCAAUAAUCAUCUGCCUAAAAACCUCAAAGACCCGUCCAGUCCCGUCCUGCAACGUCUGGCCGUUCCCCUGCUGCCGUCAGUCCAGUGUGAGCUGAAGAGUGGCAUUAACAUCACCGGUAACAUGUUGUGUGCUGGUUAUACCGGCGGAGGUCAAGAGUCGUGUCGAGGUUACGAUGGCAGUCCUCUCGUCACUCAAUACCACAUGACAUCAUUCCUCACGGGCGUUGUGUCGUGGGGUAGAGGCUGUGAUCAGCCAGGAUAUUACACCAUUUACACCAAAGUGUCUAACUUCUUGAAAUGGAUUGACGUGGUUAUGAAGAGUAAAAGUCCAGUCAAGCCCAUGAGUGACGUCAUGGGUUCUUCUGUUCAGAAUUAAUGUCUGCAGUUUAUAUGACUGCCAGCGGAUGGAGAAAUAAGCAUUUAUUAAAAUAAACUUGCAUGUGUUUGUAUUCACUUUAUCAUUUGUAUGGUGUUCAUGUUAAGUCUGAAAACAAUGGGUUAUUUUCAACACAGCAGAUGAACACAGACACUGGGUUAAAUUAAAGGGGUCAUAUGACACGGCUAAAAUGAAUAUUAUGGUUUGUUUUAGAUGUAAUGCAAUGUGUAUACAGGAUUUAAGGUUCAAAAACGCUGUAUUUUCCACACACCGUGCAUGUUUGUAUCUCCUCUUUGCUCCGCCUCUCUGAAACGCGCAGAUUUUUUACAAAGCUCAUGGCUCUGAAAAGCGAGGUGUGCUGUGAUUGGCCA